AUGGGAAGUGAGGGAAAGAGGAGGAGGGGUUUGCAGCACCAGAACCUUACACUGCUUGAGAGCAGAAGCUCCCUCUUUCUAACCCCAAACGACGCCCUUGGCGUUGGCACGAGCCGAGGUGGCAGUUGCCGGCCCGGGUCUCCAUGUCCGCUGCUCCUGUACUCCCAGGUGCAGGGCGCCGCGCGCUUUGGGCCGGUGUGGUUGGCCAGCUUCGGGACGGUGCGCACUGUGUACGUGGCGACCCCUACACUCGUCGAGCAGCUGCUACGACAGGAGGGACCCUGGCCCGAACGCUGCAGCUUCUCACCCUGGGCGGAGCACCGUCGCCGCCGCCAGCGGGCUUGCGGACUGCUCACCGCGGAAGGCGAAGAAUGGCAGAGGCUCCGCAGCCUCCUGGCCCCGCUCCUCCUCCGGCCUCAGGCGGCCGCCCGCUAUGCCGGGACCCUGCACGACGUGGUCGGUGACCUUGUGAGGCGACUGCGGCGCCAGCGGGGACUGGGCGCUGGGCCGCCCGCCCUGGUUCGAGACGUGGCAGGAGAGUUUUACAAGUUUGGACUAGAAGGCAUCGCUGCGGUGCUGCUGGGUUCCCGCCUCGGCUGCCUGGAGGCCGAAGUGCCGCCAGACACAGAGACCUUCAUCCGCGCGGUGAGAUCGGUGUUUGUGUCCACACUGUUGACCAUGGCGAUGCCCGGUUGGCUGCACCGCCUCGUGCCCGGACCCUGGGGCCGCCUCUGCCGAGACUGGGACCAGAUGUUUGCAUUUGCCCAGCAGCACGUGGAGCGGCGAGAGGCCGAAGUAGCCAUGAGGAGCCAGGGAAAGUCUGAGGGGGACACGGGAUUUGGGGCGCACCUGACCUACUUCCUGUUCCGGGAAGAGUUGCCUGCCCCGUCCAUCCUAGGGAAUGUGACAGAGCUGCUGCUAGCUGGAGUGGACACGGUGUCCAACACGCUCUCCUGGGCUCUGUAUGAACUCUCUCGGCACCCCGAAGUCCAGACGGCACUCCGUUCUGAGAUCACAGCUGCCCUGGGCCCCGGCUCCAGUGCCCACCCCUCAGCCACUGCUCUGUCGCAAAUGCCCCUGCUGAAGGCUGUGAUCAAGGAAGUGCUAAGACUGUACCCUGUGGUACCUGGAAAUUCCCGUGUCCCAGACAAAGACAUUUGUGUGGGUGAAUAUAUUAUCCCCAAAAAUACGCUGGUCACUCUGUGUCACUAUGCCACUUCAAGGGAUCCCGCCCAGUUCCCAGAGCCAAAUUCUUUUCGUCCAGCUCGCUGGCUAGGGGAUGGCCCAGCCUCCCACCCAUUUGCCUCUCUCCCCUUUGGCUUUGGCAAGCGCAGCUGCAUGGGGAGACGCCUGGCAGAGCUUGAGCUGCAAAUGGCUUUGGCCCAGAUCUUGAUCCACUUUGAGGUGCAGCCUGAGCCAGGUGCUGCCCCAGUCAGACCCAUGACCCAGACUGUCCUGGUGCCUGAGAGGAGCAUCAACCUACAGUUUGUGGACAGAUAGUCCCGUGGAAGCACACUGUCAUCAUCACUGUUUCUCCCAUCAUAGGGGCUUAUCAGGCACAAGGCCAAGAUACGUGUAUUCCCCUGUGGCCUAUCUGACCAAACUGCUUAGAAAGACCAUAGCAAAGUGCUUGAAGCAGCCCUGAUCAAGGUGUGAAAUAUGCACUUGGCCUGACCCAGCAAGCCCUGAGAAAACCAUGGUCCAUUUGCCUGCUUAGCCCUUCUGGUCAAAUCAUAUGCAUCCUUCAAGGGCCAACUCUGAUUUUAACUAGUAAUGCUGGGUGGCCUGAGGAAGAAUUCGACCACUGGCCUUUUGGGGCUUCACAGUAUUCACUCUUGCUGCUGGCUAAGCACUUAUCACGGCAUGAGCUAAGUAAUUGUGCAUCUGGUCUGCACCUGGUUGAUCCUCUCUCCUUGCAUGUGAGCUCUUUGAGAGGAAGGAUGAGGUCUUAUUCUGUCUUUAUACACCCUGCCAGGGCCUAUCCCUGACUGGUUGACACCAUAUCGAUUCUCAGAUUGUAUUUGGGCAAUGUGGCAGAAGGGAUAAGCAGCUUACCAGGCUCUGUCUACCCUGCUCCUUCCUCAUCUUGCCCCUAGGAAGGUGAGUCUAUCCUCACCUGGUGUAUGAUUUUUACAAAACUCUCCUUGGCUCUCUGGUCACUAUUAGGUUUGGCUUGUCCCACCAUUUAGGUCACAGGCAGAGAUAUCUUUGGACCUGUCCC